GGUACGUUUAUUAAACUUGUUUCUGUCGAAAUGCUAGCAGCACCGUUAUACGACUCUCGGAGCUAAGUAGCUGACUACACAAAGUCGCGUGCACUCUCACUCUCGCACUCGCAAAACCUUUCGAAGCAAAAACCCCUGCCACGAUGGCGAGGCAACAACACAAGAAAGAUGUCGCUUCCGAUCUUGUUGCCUUCCUCAAUGCUUCUCCAACUGCUUUUCACGCCGUCGAGGAGGCGAUGAACCGUUUGCGAAGCGCAGGUUUUGACCAGCUUUCGGAAAAGGAAGUUUGGAAUUUGAAAGCUGGAAAAAAGUACUUCUUCACCAGGAAUCACUCUACCAUCGUCGCUUUUGCCAUUGGUCAGAGAUAUGUUGCUGGAAAUGGUUUCCACAUUGUGGGUGCUCAUACUGAUAGCCCUUGUCUCAAACUCAAGCCCGUCACCAAGGUGACUAAAGGUGGAUAUUUGGAGGUUGGGGUUCAGACGUAUGGUGGUGGCUUGUGGCAUACAUGGUUUGAUAGGGACUUGACCAUUGCUGGGAGGGUAAUCAUUCGAGAAAGAAAAGAGGGUUCUGCCUCUUCUUAUGCGCAUCGGCUUGUUAGAAUUGAGGAACCAAUAAUGAGGAUCCCUACUUUGGCUAUUCACUUGGACAGGAAUGUUAAUAGUGAUGGAUUCAAACCUAAUGCUCAGUCUCAUCUUCUUCCUGUCUUGGCUACUUCAGUGAAGGCAGAGCUGAAUAAAGCUGUCCCUGAAAAUGAUUCAACUGAAAGUGGAAAGAAAGCAAAUGAUAAAACUGACACUACCAAUACUAAACACCAUUCUCUUCUACUGCAGUUGCUUGCAAGCAAGCUUGGGUGUGAACCAGAAGACAUUUGUGAUUUUGAAUUGCAAGCUUGUGAUACCCAACCAAGUGUAAUUGCUGGAGCUGCACAGGAAUUCAUAUUUUCAGGACGGCUUGAUAACCUCUGCAUGUCAUUUUGCUCCUUGAAGGCAUUGAUAGAUGCUACAUCCUCUGAAACCAGUCUCGAAGAAGAGACUGGUGUUAGAAUGGUAGCUUUGUUUGAUCAUGAAGAAUGUGGGUCUAAUUCUGCCCAAGGAGCUGGCUCUCCAGUCAUGCUAGAUGCUGUAUCCCGGGUUACAAAUUCCUUUAGGUCAGAUACCCAGAUGCUUGAGAAAGCUAUUCAGAGAAGCUUCCUUGUUUCUGCUGAUAUGGCGCAUGCACUACACCCCAAUUACAUGGACAAACAUGAAGAGAACCAUCAGCCUAAAUUGCAUGGAGGGCUUGUCAUUAAACACAAUGCAAAUCAAAGAUAUGCCACUAAUGCAGUCACAUCCUUCAUAUUCAGGGAGAUAGCAUCAGUGCAUAAGCUUCCUGUACAGGACUUUGUGGUUCGCAAUGACACGGCUUGCGGUUCAACCAUUGGCCCCAUUCUUGCAAGCGGCGUGGGCAUUCGUACUGUUGAUGUAGGUGCACCGCAGUUGUCAAUGCAUAGCAUACGAGAAAUGUGUGCUAUAGAUGAUGUCAAGCAUUCCUAUGAGCAUUUCAAGGCCUUUUUUGAAGAAUUCUCUCAACUCGAUGCAAAGAUUGUCGUGGACAUAUAGGUAUCUUUCAUUGAAGAAUUGAUCAUCAAUCUUGUGCUUUAGGUGAUGUUGUUAAUGGACUGAUCACUUGCAAUUUGGAUAUUAAUAUAAGACUCAUACUGUUCUAUAGAUGAAAAAUCCUAAAUAACACCAGAGUAAUAGAUUCAGUGAAUUCAAUAUAAAAAGUUGCCUCAAACGUGCAUGCAUCUUUUGUACCUUAA